CUUACUGCCACAGCGCGAGCUGUCGCGUGCGUUCAUGUAUUAAAUGAAGGAGAGCCUUUGGAAUUCAAUUUUUCUUUUUUUAUGAUUUAUGACUCGUCGCAUCAAUUGAUGCACUUAUGAGGAGGAGAGGAGAGACCCUCGAGAAAACUUGAGAAGGUAACACCAGGCAGCAGUGCCGUCAACCCACAGUCACUCAGCUGGUAGGAGUCAAGGUUUUGGUUGCAUUCGCAGGGAAUUGUGUUGUGCAAGUUACAAACUGUUUGAGACUAAAGUCAAUUGAGGAAUAUCCUUCACAGAUACCCAAUCCUGCUAUUAGGUUGAUUACCGUUCCCUAGGAUUUACAAACAUGUUGUCAUAUGCCUUGCCACACAACAUAUUUUUAAAGCGCCUUUCAAGAUAUGGAUGCAUUUGAUUUGUGACAGGAAAAAGGAGUAUCUCUAUGGAUCAUGCGUUCAUGAAACAAGAUAUUCAAUCAUGGUAAAACUGGCCAACCCACUGUACACGGAGUGGAUUCUUGAAGCAAUACAGAAGAUCAAAAGGCAGAAACAGCGGCCUUCAGAGGAGAGAAUUUGCCACGCAGUUUCGGCGUCGCACGGGCUCGACAAGGCCACCGUCCUGAAACAGCUGGAGUUAAGUGUCCGCGAUGGCUCCGUCCUCAAGGUCACAAAUAAGGGGUGCGCAUCGUACAAAGACCCAGAGAACCCCGGGCGGGCGGUGCCCCCCAAGCCUGGGGCCGCCCCCGCCUCCCUGGCUGGGACAGCGUGGGCGCUGGGAGACCUCCGCCACGUUGACUGGAAUAAGGCGCUGAGGCGGGCCAUCGAGGAGCUGGGCGACCCUGGCGGGUCCUCGCUGAGGAACAUCGAGCGGUACCUGCGGGGCCAGGAGCACCUGGCGAGCGCGGUGGCCAACCCGGCGUUCCAGCAGCGGCUGCGCCUGGCGGCCAAGCGCGCCGUCAACAGCGGGCGGCUGCUGAAGAACGGGCCGCUCUACAGCGUCAACUAUGGGAGCGCCGGGGGAGGGGCGUCCCCCAGGUGUCCGGGCACCCCCCCGCCCUGCCUCCCCCCGGUCACCCUCCUCCCGCACGAAAAGGACCAGCCUCGCGCCGACCCCAUCCCCAUCUGCAGCUUCUGCCUGGGCACCAAGGAGUCCAACCGGGACAAGAGGCCAGAGGAGCUGCUGUCAUGCGCCGACUGCGGGAGCAGCGGUCACCCGUCGUGUCUGAAGUUCUCCCCCGAGUUGACCGCAAACGUUAAGGCGCUGCGGUGGCAAUGCAUCGAGUGCAAAACCUGCAGCUCCUGUCAGAUUCAGGGGAAAAACGCUGAUGAAAUGCUGUUCUGCGACUCCUGUGAUCGGGGAUUCCACAUGGAGUGCUGCGAUCCACCGCUUGCCAGAAUGCCAAAAGGGAUGUGGAUCUGCCAAGUCUGUCGGCCGAAGGAGAAGGAGAACGGGCUGCUGCACAAGAGGGCCGCACAGAUCAAACGACGAUAUGCAAAGCCAAUAGGAAGGCCUAAAAAAAUGCUCAAGCAACGGACAAUGUCUGUAACCAGUGGAGAAGGAUCCAUGAUAGCACUGGCUGGAAGGGGGUCACCUGGUAGGGGUCAAAAGAUUAUAGUCUGUACUACACCCUCACCCAGUCAUUCUGUAUCUGUGAAGGACUCAAGAAGCAGAUUGGCCAUCGCAGACCCCUGUUGGGUGGGCGACGACCCCAAAUACCCCCCGGUCACAUCCCCGUCCGCUCCCACCAUUAACAAGAAAACCAAAGGUCUCAUUGACGGGCUCUCCAAAUUUUUCACGCCCUCGCCUGUUGGCCGCAGGUCCCGCACCGAAACGGUAGAUCCCUCAAAGCACUAUCGGCCGAGGAAGCGGGGCCUUCAGAAACGACCAUGCACUUCCCAUUCCGGCAAGACAGCCCCAGGUACCGCUCAGACGCUAACCCCCCCUCUCUGUGCCCUCCCAAACCCCACCCCUUUGCCUGGACAGAGCCCCACUUCCCAGAAAUCCAAUGGCUCCGCCUCUGCCCACUCCCCCCUCAGCUCUUCCAGCCAAUCAAGCGUGCCCUCCCUUAGCGGCUUCUCCAGCAACAACCAGCUAAAGGGACUUUUUGACGGACUCUCUCAUAUCUUCACCACUCAGGGACAGUCCCGGAAAAAGGGGCUCCCUAGUUAUGCACCGCCCAAGCGCAUGCGCCGAAAGGCGGACCUGUCUUCCACGUCCAAAACUUACCCCCAGCUCCACGGGAAGAAGGAAGUUAAGAGUAGGCUGGCGCCCCACUCGUCUUCCUGUGGGUGGGGCUUGCCGAGGGGACGGCCCUUUAAGGCAGCCGCCCAUUUCAAACGAACGGCCUUCCUGAAAAGGCGCAGGGUGCUAGGCAGGUUAAAAUAUAAAGUGACCCCUCAGAAGGGGACCCCCACACCAGGGAAGGGCAGCCGUGCUGCAGACAGAAGAGUUAAGCCCGAACAUGACGACGGAGGCGGCGACCCGAAGCCCCCGCAGCAGCAAGAGGCCGGAGCGGCGAGGGCGGCCAUGGCGGACGGGAGCGUGACGGAAGAGGACCUGGACGUGUUUAAGCGAGUGCAGGAUCUCGCGGCACAGAAAUCCGGGUGUGCGAACAGUGCAGAUUGUGGACGGCAUCCUGCUGUCAUUGAGUUUGGGAAGUACGAAAUACAGACUUGGUACUCAUCACCUUAUCCACCCGAAUAUUCAAGGUUGCAGAGGCUCUACCUGUGCGAGUUCUGUCUGAAGUACAUGAGAGGCCGUAACAUUCUGCAGAGGCAUUCCAAGAAGUGCGGCUGGUUCCACCCGCCCGCCAACGAGAUCUACCGAAAGGGUGACCUUUCUGUGUUCGAGGUUGACGGCAACGUCAGCAAAAUUUUCUGCCAAAACCUCUGCUUGCUGGCCAAGCUGUUUCUGGACCACAAAACUCUGUACUACGAUGUGGAACCUUUCCUCUUUUACGUCCUCACCAAAAACGACGCGAAGGGCUGCCAUCUUGUCGGGUACUUUUCGAAGGAAAAGCUCUGCCAGCAGAAGUACAACGUCUCCUGUAUAAUGAUCAUGCCCCAGUACCAAAGGCAAGGAUUUGGGAGGUUUCUUAUUGAUUUCAGUUAUUUGCUCUCGAGGCAGGAAGGACAAGCUGGCUCCCCCGAGAAGCCGCUCUCCGAUCUGGGUCGCCUGUCCUACUUGGCGUACUGGAAGAGCGUCAUCCUGGAGUACCUGCACGGCCACCCGCAGAAGCACGUCAGCAUCAAGGGGAUGAGCCGGGCCACCGGGAUGUGCCCGCACGACAUCGCCACCACCCUCCAGCAGCUCAACAUGAUCGACGUGCAGGGCGGCAGGUUCGUCAUCGUCCGCAGAGACCGGCUGAUUCAGAAGCACGUGGAGAGGCUGAAGGAGAACCCUCGAGUGAACGAGGUGGACCCGACCUGCCUUCGGUGGUCUCCGCCCAACGGCCCCGGCAACGUGCAUGCGGACGAGGACAGCGAAGGAGAGACGGAGGGUGACCACCUGGCGGAGCAGGACUGGAGCCGGGAGAGAGGAGAGCCGGAGGCGCGGGCGGCCACUCGCGGCGCCAGGCCGCCUCUCGCCAAGGUGCGGUGCAAGAACUCGUACCGGAGGUCGCCGGACUGCUAUCCCACGGUGGCCGAGAGGGACGUUCAGAACAGUGAGGACAGCAGCGAGGAUGAGGACGAGGCCAAGGGCCAGGUCGUCUCGGGCUUCAAAAGAAAGAGGCCGCUGAUAGUCCGCCGGAAGAGAGGCCGGAAACGAAAGCGGAUCAACAGCAGCGUCACCACGGAGACCAUUUCUGAGACGACAGAGGUGCUGAACGAGCCGUUCGAGAACUCGGAGGAUGAGAGGCCGGCGUCACCCGCGAACCUGGCCUGUGAGACGGGCGAGGUGGCAGGGAACAGACUCCGGAGGGUGUGGAAGAGGAUGCCGGGCAGAGCAGACGAUGACAAUCACAGAUACCGAAGCGAAGGCGGAGACAAGGACAAAACGGAAGACCCCGGUGGCCUGGCGAAGGAGGGUAACCCCCAGCCCGUCAAGCGCAAGAAGGGCUGGCCCAAGGGCGUCAAACGUGGCCCUCCCAAGUGGAGGCUGAAGAAGGAGAGGAAGAUGGGCUUCAAGCUCAACCUCUACACCCCGCCUGAAACGCCCAUGGAAGCCGACCACCAGAUUGUGCCAGAGGAGCCCAGGGAGCGGCAGGGGACGGCCCCUGCCAUCACGGAGGAGGACGGCGAGGCCUGCAGGGACGCGCCCCCCCUGGACGCCGAGCUGGAGAAGCUACUGUCCGACUCGCAGUGCCCCGAGGAGCUGCCGCCCAGGAAGGCGGACGACUUCUUCGACAAGCCGGGCUCCCCCGUCCUCGACACGAUCAGCCACGACGGCAGCCCGGGCAACCCGGAGAACGCCGCCGCCGACAACAGCCGGGAGGACGGCGAGGACGAGGCUGGAGAGCGGGGGUGCAGCACGCGGGCGGAGGAGCACGAGCACGAGGAUGAGGAGGAGGAUGAAGAGGAGCCCGUGCACAACGAGGAUCACGACGCGGACGACGAGGACGACAGCCACGUCGACUCCACGGAGCUGGAGAAGGAGAACGCGGCGGAGCCCUCCAAGGAGGAGCCGGAGUACCCCGCCCCUUUUUUAGAAGACGACGAUGAUACGAACAGUGAGGAGCGAUGCCAGGACGACCCGGCCGUGACCUGCGGCGGCCAGACCACCCCCAACAUGGAAGAAGACGUCCGGGACAACAUGGUGGACUCGGACCACGCCCUGGACUCCGAGUCCGAGGAGGACAGCAGCCCUGACCUCCCCCUGAAAGAGAGGGAGCCCUUGGGCCCCUUGAUGAAAGAGGACCACGCCGCCUGCGCCGAGAUCGACUCGGAGACGGUGCGGGCGGUGCAGUCACUCACCCGGGAGGCGGAGCGGGACGGCGGCUUCCAGGACUGCGCGGAGACGCAGGAGGCGUGCCGGAGCCUGCAGCGGUAUGCGCACGUGGACCGCAGCCCCCCCAUGGCCCACGCGGACGAGGGCCAGCAGUCGGACCACAGCAGCCCGGUGUCGUCGGUGCACUCGCACCCGGGCCAGUCGGUGCGCUCGGUCAGCAGCCCCGCCGUGCCGCUCCUGGACAGCGGCUACGCGCAGAUCAGCCCCGACCACAGCGCCAUCUCCGUGCCCUCCCUGCAGAACAUGGACACCAGCCCCAUGAUGGACGUCCCGUCCGUCUCAGACCACUCGCAGCAGGUGGUGGACAGCGGCUUCAGCGACCUGGGCAGCAUUGAGAGCACUACGGAGAACUACGAGAACCCCAGCAGCUACGACUCGACGCUGGGGGGCAGCAUCUGCGGGGCCGGCUCCUCCCAGAGCAGCUGCUCCUACGGCAGCCUGCCCUCCGGCGGCCUGCCCCAGAGCAGCUGCGCCGUCACCCAGCAGAUGGCCGCCGCGGGCGGGGGCUGCGGCAUGAUCCAGCAGAACAGCAUGAACUCCCCGCAGAGCUGCGGGGUCAAGUCCCCGCAGGGGUGCGUGGUGGAGCGCCCUCCCAGCAACAGCCACCAGCAGUUGUCCCACUGCGGCAUGCCCACCAACUUCGGCCCCCCCAUGCAGCUGCCAGACAUCCCCGAGUCCGGCAACCCCAACCUGGGCCUCUACGACCGGAUGGGCCAGGCGGACUAUGGCGGGGGCCACUACCCGCAGCCCUCGGCCACCUUCAGCCUGGCCAAGCUGCAGCAGCUGACCAACGGCCUGAUGGACCACCCGCUGCCCUUCAACCACCCGGCGCCGCACCCCAUCACCUCCUACGCCAGCAGCGUCCCCCUGUCCUCGCCGCUGGCCAACUCGGGCCUGGUGCCGCUGGCCCAGUCCCCGCAUGGUGUCCCCGGCGGCCCCCAGACACAGGCCACCAUGACCCCGCCCCCCAACCUGAGCGCCCCGCCCAUGAUGCUGCAGCGCAACAUGGGCUCGGCCAACAUCGGCAUCCCGCCCUCGCAGCGGCUCCAGACGCAGAUGGCGGCCAAGAGCCACGCGGCGUCCAUGCGCUCCAAGUCGGCGCCGCUGCCCCACCACCAGCAGCAGAUGUACGGGCGCGGGCCGCAGGCCGUGGCCAUGCAGGCCCCCGGCAGGACCCUGGCCAUGCAGCGCAUGAACGUGGGCGUCAACCUCAUGCCGGCACCGGCCUACAACGUCAACGUCAACUCCAUGAACGUGAACAUGGCGCCCCUCAACGCCAUGAACGGGUACCGCAUGACCCAGCCCAUGAUGAACAGCGGCUACCAUGGGAAUCACGCCUACAUGAACCAGUCGCCACAGUACUCUAUGCAGAUGGGCAUGAUGGGAACGCAGGCAUACUCCCAGCAGCCUAUGCAGGCCCCACCUCACGGCAACAUGAUGUACACUCCAGCAAGCCACCACGGCUAUAUGAACACGGGCAUGUCGAAGCAGCCCUUAAACGGGACCUUCAUGAGACGCUAGUUUCGUUUUGCUUUGUUUCGUUGGUUUUCUAACCGUGUUUAUUCUUCUUAAGCGCAUAUUGUUUUCGAUAUGCACAAUCUUGCCUGGAGUUGUUUUUGUUUUUU